GGCAGAGGUUCCGGACAACUACACUGAAUGGUCGUCGCGAUCGGUUUCGUGCAUGCUUUCGUGCGACCAGGUGUUCCCUCGCGCUUCCGUGAACUCUACUCCGCGAGUGUUUCUGCAACGCCUGCACGUUGACGAUACGCCUUGCUGGCCGUGUGCUCUCUCUGAUCACGGUAUUGCGGUUGUUACACAUCCACAGUUAAUUCAAGCAUGUCCUUAGCUGCCGCGCAGUCGAGUGGUGUGAAGGAGACCGAUCUCGUUUGAAGGACUCGCGAGAGAACAUGCUCACCCAGCGCCUUCGCUCGUGCUACAGUGCCGUGCUCUGGUCAGUGCGAGGCGCACGCAACGAGCGAGCGGCAUGCAGGCGGGGCGCCGCGUCGCAGGCGAGUGCCGAGGGCGCUCUACAGCUGACCGACAGCUGCGUGGAGAAGCUGCGGCGCGUGGGGGUCGGCCGUGUGCUGCGCGUGUCCGUGGAAGGCGGUGGUUGCUCAGGCUUCCAGUACCGCUUCCAGCUCGAAGACCAGCCCGCACCGGACGACGUGCUCUUCGAGCGCGACGGCGCUCGCGUGGUGGUGGACAGUGCCUCACUCGACCUGCUGCGAGGCGCCACACUCGACUACCACGAGGAGCUCAUCCGGUCAGCCUUCCGCAUCGUGGACAAUCCGCAGGCGGAGCGGGGAUGCUCCUGCGGCGCCUCCUUCACCAUCAAGCUUUAGGCGCAAGAAGUGAGACCCGGACAGCCCCGUGUGGUGGCACACUUUUAAUAGAAACUGUAGUGCUUAGGCCAAAAAGUGAUGACACGUCGCUGUUGUAACAAGCCGUACAUAAAAUUGU